AUGCAAAUUUGUAUUUCGGCGAUACCUAUUUGUGAUAAUAGGUAUAAUAUAAAAACAAAAAAAUUAGGUGGCUAUCAUUCGUGUAUCGCAACUUAACAGUUGAGCUACAAUGGCGGAGUGUGGUUGCACUGAUCCAGGAUACUACGGACCUUAUUUGGGUAACAACUGUGGAGCAGGCAGCUUCAUAGUAUUUAUGAGUUUAGUUGAUGCUAUAAUAAGAAAUACGUGUGAUAUAUCAGAUGUCUGUGGAAGAGUUCAACCCAUAGAAGAGCCAGAUUUUUCUUACGACUUUAUUGUAAUAGGUGGUGGAAGCGGUGGAUCGGCUGUGACUGGACGUCUGUUAGAACAUAAAAAGUCUAGAGUUUUACUUAUAGAAGCUGGAGUUGACGAGCCUGAAACCUACCAAGUACCUGGACUGAUUUUGAAGUAUUACAAUAACCCAAUCGUGGACUGGAGCUAUCGUACCUCCGACGAACCUGUGGCAUGUCGAGCAACAAAUGGUAGCUGCAAUUGUUUAAGAGCAAAAAUGCUAGGAGGAUGCUCUUCAAUUAAUGGAAUGAUGUUCACAAGAGGAACUCCACCAGAUUUUGAUAAGAGGUGGAGUGGCGAAGGCAUUAAAGGUUGGACCUGGAACGACGUCCUACCAUUCUUUAGGAAAUUUGAACAUAAUUUACAGCCUUCAGAAUAUGAUUCUCACUACCAUGGUUACAGUGGACCAGUGGCUGUGUCUGACCAAUAUUAUGUACACGACCUAUCAAAAUCCAUCCUUAAAGGAGCUGCAGAAGCUGGUUUUCCAAUUUCUAAAGAUAUAAACGGUAAAGACUACACUGGAUUCGCUAAUUCGCAGUCCUAUAUUAAAGACGGUGUCAGAGUCAGUAUGGCUAAAGCCUACCUUAGACCUCAAAGAAAUAAUCCACACUUACACGUGAUGUUGAACUCCACUGUGACCCGCAUCCUAUUCGACGGCCACAAAAAAGCUUACGCAGUUGAAUUUCUUUACAACAAUCAAACCUUCACAGUUAAAGCUAAAAAAGAAAUCAUUUUAGCUGCCGGAACAAUAAACUCUCCAAAACUAUUACUACAAUCUGGAGUCGGACCAAAAGAUGCUUUGGACGCUGUUGGAAUUAAACAGAUUCAUAACUUACCAGGUGUAGGACAAAAUUUAACUAACCAUGUAUCUUUCAAAGUGAAUUACUGGAUUAACAGUACCGUUGAUACUAGAAUCAUCACAUGGAAAUCUUUAGAGGAUUAUCUUAACGAUCGGACUGGGCCUCUCUCUACCAUAGGAAUUACGGUUACAUGUCGACUUCCAUCUAAAUAUACAACAGCAGAUGAUCCAGAUAUUCAAAUGUUCUUCUCUUUGAGUCAAAAUACUUGCUCACCAGAUGGCGCAGUUGAUGAACCAGUUGAUCCAACCAAUCCCCAAAAACCACAACAUGUUGCAAUCAGUGUUGUUAAUUUACACACCAAGAGUCGUGGUAGAAUUACGCUGAAGUCUAAAGAUCCACUUGCACCUCCACAUCUGGUAGGAAACUAUUUAACGGUAAAAGAAGAUGAAGAUAGAAUAAUUGAUGGUAUAAGACUUGCUCAAAGGCUUGUAAACAGUACAACAUUAAAAGACACAGUGCAAUUUGUUUUUGACAAUGUCACUCAAGGCACCUGCGCCGACCAAUACACCUGGGAUUCUGAUGAUUACUGGCGCUGUGCAAUCCGUUACAACACUUUUGCGGAAAAUCACCAAUCCAGUACACUUCGUAUGGGCUCCACUGACGACGAAUGGUCUGUUGUAGAUGAAGAACUUCGGGUUAUUGGUCUCCACAAUUUGAGAGUAGCAGACGCUUCGGCUAUGCCUGUGGUUACAAGCUCUAAUACUAAUGCUCCAAUUGUCAUGCUUGCUGAGAGAUGCGCUGACUUUAUUCAUCAUAGAUGGGGACAUUAUGGCAAAAACUAACUGUAUACAUUAAAUUAAUUAUAUAUAGGUAAUAAUAAUAAUAAAUAUAGUUGAAAGCCCCUAAA